AUUGAAAGAUAGAAAGCUAGGGUCUAAAAUUUCAGUCUGUCCCAAACCCAGAAACAUAAAGCAGAGGAACCCGAGUUCCCUUUGUAGGAACAUACCAAAAAAUGAAUCUUUACGCGCACGAUCUGUCUUUAUUCGAUUUCGCCAACUUCUCUGAUAAUCCAAUCAUCGAUCACCAAUCAUCGUCCGAUUUCUUAAUCAGACCUCACGAUGAUUCUAACGGCCGUGAUUCUGGUGGUGAUGAUGAUGAUGAAAAUAAAAGAGCUUCGAUGGCCAAUCGUAGGAGCCCACCAAGGUACCGCCAUGAUGGGACCUCGCCAUUGCCAUUGGGGAUGGACUGGUCUAUCCCUCCUCGCAAAUGGGAUGGGCGGGACACUGUUUGGCCUCACGACCCUCAUACAGGAUGGAGUUACUGCAUUACAAUUCCUUCUUGGGUUCUUCUACCAAAAUCCCGAGGUUCAGACCCUAUUGUGUUUUUCAGGGUUCAAGUUGGCAUUCAAUCACCAGAAGGCAUCACUACUAGCCGAGAAAUCUUACGAAGAUUUAGUGAUUUCUUGAAGCUACUAUCUGAACUUAAGAAGAUAUUUCCCAAGAAAAGUCUGCCCCCAGCUCCUCCAAAGGGGAUUUUGAGGAUGAAAAGCCGAACACUGUUGGAGGAGAGAAGGUGUUCUUUGGAGGAUUGGAUGGAAAAAGUUUUAUCAGAUAUUGAUAUUUCCCGAAGUGUCUCAGUGGCAACAUUUCUCGAGCUAGAAGCUGCUGCGAGGUCUUCUUUCAACAACAUAAAUCAAUCAAAUGCUGUUUCUUCUGUCAGCGGUGUGGUUCCUUCAUUUCUGUCCAAGACCAACUCAGAUGUUUCCCUGAUUAUUGGUAGUUCAAUUGCAUCUGAUCAUGAUGCUUCUUCUGAGGAUAUGUCUGAGCUUGGAACACCAAGAUACAGAAAAGUUAGUUCUGCUGAUCCUUCCAUGGAACCUUCAACUUCUGAGCCGCAUUUGAUUGAACCCUUGGAAAAAACUAUGAAGUAUGGCAUAUUUAACAAGAACUUUAUUCUGGAAAACCUAGAAAAGUUUUCCAAGCAAAAAAUGCAUUCUGGAAAAGAAAGUGAAAUUGCAGGAGAUAAACUUAGAGGAAAUACAAUUGACACUAGAUUUCUGCCUGGAGAUGGAGCAAAGCAUUUGCCUGAACUAGACUAUAGCAAAAUGGAUGGCCAUGUUCGAAGAUUGUCAACAGAGAGCAUUGGAAGUGACUUAAGUUCUGUGAGAGCUAGUGAAAUAUCGAAUUUAGGAGUAGCUAGUUUGUUUGGUGAUGGGAUACUUAACCUUCCUGAAAAUGCUGAAGCUCCUAGAACAUUGGAUUCUUUCAGCUCAGAUUUACAAUUCCAUAGAGAUUUGCUUGUCCUUUUUCUAUCGGAGGAGCGCCAUAAAUUAAAAAGGGUUCUCAAUACACUGCAGAGGAGACUAGCUACAGCAAAAACAGACAUGGAAGAUCUUAUAUCAAGGUUGAAUCAAGAAGUUGCAGUCAGACAGUUCCUGGAAACAAAGGUCAAGGAUUUGGAAGUGGAACUUGAAACCACUAGAGAUAAUUGUGAUGAAAACAUGCAGCAAGCUGUUUUACUUGAAAGAGAAAGAUUUACUCAAAUGCAGUGGGAUAUGGAGGAACUUCGGAAGCAGUGUUUGGAGAUGGAACUGAAAUUAAAGACUGAACAGGAUGAAAAGGCACGUGUUGAGUCUGCAAAUUUAUUAAUCAUUCAAGAGAGCAAAAUGUUGCUGCAAGAGUUAGAUGUUGCUAGAGAACAGCUUGCAAACUUGCAUAAACAUCAUGAGGAGUUAGAGGUGAAAUCAAAAGCAGAAGUAAAGGUCCUUGUCAAGGAGGUGAAAUCUCUUCGAAGUUCUCAAUCCGAAUUGAAGCAAGAGCUUAGUCGUGUGAUGAAAGAAAAACUAGAAUUGGAGAGGGUUCUGCAGAAGGAAAAGCAAAGGAUGGAGCAUGCCAAUGCUGCAAAUACAAAACUCCUUCACGAAUGUAAUCUUCUUCGUGAUCGGCUUGAAGAAUGUAGUGUUAAUUUCCUUAGCGAGGAGGAGGAUAAAUUAAUUGUUGAUACUUCAUCUCCAUCUGAUGCUCUAGAUCUCUUGACAACAUCGGAUAAUCGAAUUGGUCUCCUUCUUGCUGAGGCACAGCUCCUUGCACAAGAUGUAGAAAAUUCUGUGGCUAGAUUGGAUGAGAGUCACAGCAUGAAAGGCGGUGAUAAAAGAACCGAUGAUGAGUUAAGGAAGAUGGUAACAGAUAUUUUUGUUGAUAAUGCAACAUUAAGGAAGCAGGUGAACUCAGUAAUACGCUGUGCUCUCAACACAUAUGUGAAGUCGGAAGACAAGGAUGAUGAGGAAGAAGAGGCCCCUUUGAGUAAAACUGUUCUGAGCAAGUUCUUGUAAAGAAAAGUUGGGAGAAAGAUGCAUCUGGAAAAGACAGCAACCGAAGGGGUAUUCUGAACUUUCUGGUAGAAUUUCCUUUGAUCAAUGUUACAAAAGAAGAGUGUAGUAGAUAGUGUAAAGUGAAAGAAAACAUGAUUUCUCGGUGUGGGGAAUGGUAGAAGAUGAGAAUUGUGUAGAUAAGUAAGCAGUGAAGCUCGAAAGGUAGAAGUCGAAAUGAUAUACUAAAGCAUUGGGCUGUGAUGCUUUCUGGUAAUAGAAAGGGUGGGUUGUUCGAGGACAAGCCUCGUGUGUUUUCCUUGAUUAGAGAUUCCUAAUUGUCACUGAUUCACAUUUUCAUUUUCAAUUCGAAAGAUUUAUUUCAUUGCUUAUUAA